UGUGAUCACUGACGUAGAACUACAGUUCAUUUCUUGGUCGCUUACUGUAUCAUUUUUUAAAUAUUAAAUGUUUCGUAAACCAAAAAAUACUUACUCUUUGCGUAAACUUUGAAAAGUAUCUGCCUAUCAUUAAGGCAUGAAUAACGAAAAAAUACUUCAAUUGGGAUCCAGUAUCAACAUCAAACGAACCGAUGGACGCGUCCAUACGGCUUGUGUGUCUCGUAUUGACUAUGAUCUCAAAAGCGCAACAGUGGAGUGGUUCGAGAAUGGUGAAACGAAAGGAAAAGAAGUUGAUAUGGAUGCGAUAGAAUCUUUAAAUCCUGACAUUGCACUACGUAGGCCAUGUGAUCUACAGCCCAGCUCGUCUAAUUCUCAAGUAAAAAUGAGCCCGCUGCAACGGAAUCCAACUAAAGCUUCUUUCGCCACUAUUACUAAUAAAACUACCAGCGGUACAGCAAUAAGUGCUGCUCAGUUCAGACACAGACAAACCGCCCUUGUUCAUACCAACGGCCACUCACAGGCGUUAGCUGCAACUGCAAAUGAUACGAGUCGUCAAUCUCCGAAUCCAUCAAAAUGUAGUGUAGUAAAAGAGAUAGAGAAAUUGAAAAAAAAUCGAGAGGAGAGGAGACAACGGCAAGCGGAGGAAAAGGCAGAGAAGGACGCUUUCUUACAAAUGGCCCCUGGAAAUCCCCACUGGGAGUUGCUGAAUAUGAUUUUAGAUUAUCGCCGUGGUCUUGAUAUAAGACCAUUAACGGAAAACGAUGCCAUUGAAGAACACUCAAUUACAGUUUGUGUUCGAAAAAGGCCAUUAAAUAAAAUAGAAUUGGCUCGGAAGGAGGUUGAUGUAAUCACUAUACCCUCAAAAAAUCAACUUAUUGUGCAUGAACCCAGAAACAAAGUUGAUCUCACGAAGUAUUUGGAAAACCAAUUGUUCAGAUUUGAUUACGCCUUCGAUGAAACGUGUUCUAACGACAUUGUUUAUAAAUACACUGCUCAACCGUUAAUCAAGACAAUUUUUGACGGCGGUUUUGCCACAUGUUUUGCUUAUGGACAGACCGGCUCUGGAAAGACACACACUAUGGGAGGGAAUUUUAAUGGCAAAAAUCAAGACUGUCGAAAGGGGAUUUAUGCGAUGGCGGCGGCCGACGUAUUUCAACUAGCGAAAUCUCCUAAAUACAGGCAUUUAAAUAUGGUCGUGUCAUCGAGCUUUUUCGAAAUCUACUCCGGAAAAGUGUUUGACCUUUUAGACAAUAAAACAAAGCUUCGAAUAUUGGAAGAUGGAAAGCAACAGGUGCAAGUCGUUGGUCUUACCGAACAAGUUGUCACGUCCGUACAGGAUGUGUUGAAAUUAAUUCAAAAGGGAAAUUCAGCCAGGACCUCUGGACAAACCUCGGCAAACGUCAACUCUUCUCGGUCGCAUGCCAUCUUUCAAAUACUUCUACGAAUAAGUAACACUAUUCAUAAAGUGUAUGGAAAGUUUUCGCUUAUCGAUUUGGCCGGUAAUGAGAGGGGUGCUGAUACAUCGUCCGCCGAUAGACAAACCAGAAUGGAAGGAGCAGAAAUAAAUAAAUCACUCCUCGCCUUAAAAGAGUGCAUAAGAGCAUUGGGUCGUAAAGGAUCCCAUUUACCAUUCCGAGUUAGUAAACUAACUCAAGUACUGAGAGAUUCUUUUGUUGGCUCAAAUUCGAAAACGUGCAUGAUUGCCAUGAUCUCGCCGGGUGUGUCUUCCUGCGAACAUUCGUUAAAUACGUUACGGUACGCCGACAGGGUGAAAGAAUUGGGCGGCGGUGACCUACAGACUACCUCUUGUGAAGAAGAAUUUGAUGAUGAAGCCUUGGUACAACUUAGAUCGCUAAAUGAAAGUGACAUGACUCCUGAAAUGUUAAAGUUCCAUCAAAUGAUAUCAGAAAUAAACAUCGCCGAAGAUACUAUGUUGGAUGUUCAUAAGCAAACGUUAGAUAACUUUCUUCCUGUUAUAAUUGAGCAAGGGAGUAAGUACCUCAAAAUGGCUGAGGAAGUUGAGUUUGAUCAAGAAGCAUACUGUGCUGUGUGGGAAGAACUGAUUAGUAAUGCUAUGCGUGAACUAACAAGAGCGCGAGAGGCGAUCACCAAUCUUAGAAGUAAAAUGGCAGCCGAAGAACAACUUAGUCGUAAAACCAAAAGAAAAUAAUGAGAAUUUUUUAAUGAAUCAUUGAUGUAGUAACACGCUAUUAUUGUGAAAGUUGCGAAUUGUGCAUGAUAGUGUUUUAAUUAUAAUUAUUAAUGUAGGUAUAAAGCGAUUCGCUAAAAAUUGUAAUAACUUUUAUUUUGUAAUUGUAGUAGUGUAAAAAAUUUUAAUGUUUGCCACUAUAAGUCAGUGGUAGGUACUUAAAACCGUAUCAAAGUAUGUAUGAAAAUAAAAGUUGUGUAAAAUGAUAAAAUAAAAAUAUUUAUUUAUUUUA